AAGGCCACAUCCGGCAGCAGCACUGCAGUAUUGGUCGAUCCCGCUUCGAGCAACAGCGAAGUUGGUCGAAUUUCCUAUAUAUUAUUGAUAAAUAGCUCGCGUUGCUUGUGUGACUUUUAACUAAAAUCGACGUCGGUGUUCGUGUUCAAAAGAGGGAAAGUCUGAAACCGCCGGGAACCGCGUUCGUACACGACGAAUACCGAGAAGUGACGGAAAAACGGUUAAGGAGUCCGGCGCGUUCCUCCUGACGAGAAAUCGGCCGAGGGAUUAUCCGUGCAUUGGGUGUGACGGACAUUUAUAUCCGUGCGAGUUGCACGAAAGUCGUGCCGUGUUGCGUAGUGCUCCGUGAACGCUCGAUUAUUCGUGGAUCUUGCGGGUGUAUGUGCGAGAUUAUGUCGAGCGCCACCGAACCGAGGUGAGCGUUAUAGGAGGGGAAACUGCCUAAAAGAAGCUGCCUUCGAAUCUGUUUUUUGCUCCGCCAUUGUACGCCACACGAAGAGUGCCGCGAAGGAAGCCGCUUGCCUCGUUCUAUCUGUGUUCUCGUUCGCGACUGCUUCUUUUUUUCUUCCCGAACCGAUCGUUGUUCAAGCGUGUAAACGGCGCCUACGUUCGCGUUAACGCACAGUCUCGUGGUUACGCUAUUCACCAGACGAAACACGUUAGUGUCCUAUCUCUCUCUGUGCGCCUUCCUCUUUUGCUUCCUCCGUCUCUCUCGCGCUCGCAUCUUUCUCGGUUUUCUUCGCCUCCUCUGUCUUUUUCUCUUCCUCUCUGUGCUACUCUCUCGAUGCUCUCUCGGCAUCUCUGCGGAAGUCGCGUGUGUGAAGGUUUUUCGCGUACGUGGACAUCGCCGACAACGCGAAGUGAUUCGUAUAACGACAGUGUUGGGCACAAUGUAAUCCGUGAUUUUGAUUCCUAUGCAAUUGCAAACGUAGUGGACGGUUCUCGAUUAAUGUGACCAUUGUGGGUGAUUAUUAGGAAAACUAAACGCAAAACUAAUCACUGCCCAACUCUGGUAUACGGAGUGCCAUUACCGGGGAUACAAAUCUUGCGCGUCAUUAUGCAAUAGACGUACAGCUGACGAGAGAGGACUACCUCCUCCGUCGAGGACGAGGACGGCGGUGGUGUUUGUGGCGGAAUGUUUUUAUCUUUGUUUUCCAAUCCCGUACCACGACGAGGAAACGCUGCCGCCGCCGCCGCCGCUCAUUUGGUUUUCUAUAUUUCGCGACACGAGUAAUCACGUGGGAAUGCGUCAAGCGAUGCUAGCGUACCUGUUAUUAAUCUCCACAACAUGUACACUCGGUAGCGAUACAGUCAGACCUCCGUUGCAUACUGCUUUGGGUUAGUCUUCGUUUGAAGUUCAGUGCUCGAAAAUAGUGAUCUAGUGCUGGAGCAUAUAUCUUCGUGAGAAGAAGCGAUCUCUUGCCAUAUCAAUGUUCUUCUUUUGUUAUCUUGCUUGCUUUGAUGUUACUCCAACGAAAAAGAUUGUCCUGAAUACUCUGCAAUUUUAAAUAUGCUUCCUAUCUACAUGCAAAAAGAAUAAGGUUAAUUAAUGUGACCGGUUGGCUCCAAGCAUACAAAUGAAGAAACUAAACAUUAUGGAUAUGGAAAACACUGUCGAAACAACAUAAUAUUUAACAAGGAAUGAAUAGAAAAUAAGGAAAAUAAUACAAAGAAAGAAGAAAAUCGUAAAAGGGAAUUAUUUGGGGGAUAAGAAUAGAUACUAAAGGCGCAGGACAAUAAACUAGUAAUGGAUGAAUGGGAGUGAGUACAGUGCACGUGAAGUGCAGGUGUGGGUGCGUACGCACGUGGGAGCCUCUGGAUGUCGAGGCCGCAGCACUGGCAGUGUCAGUGGCAGUGAUGGCCCCUGCUCUGACGGAAGGCGGUCCUCAAAAGCCUGAAAAUUUGCUCCCUUCCCUUCCAGCUGGUGGGUUCCUUUCCCCAGAGCAGGCUGCAGAAGUGUGUCAGAAUCGUGAAAUUCUGGCAAAAUUUGUUGUCUCUGAAAACGUUCAACCAUCAAAGAUUGACGAACAGUGUUUACAUGGUAUAUCCAAGGAUCUCAUUCGUGAUGUCAUCAACUCGAAAUAUGCCAAUGAUCUUGAUAGUUUGUCUACAUUUACGCACGGAUCUGACCUGAUUACAAAAAAGGGAUUAAUUAAACAAGACUGCGAACAAGCAGACAUUCUGGGCAGUCCAGAAAAAAAGUUGACUGAUAUUAUAAUGAACGACCCAUCUAUGGGUGAUCAAGCGGACAAUAUGGGUUUCUUAAAAUCAAGCGCAGACUUGCCUUUGGUGGGCUCAGAAACUGCAGGAGACAAUAAAAAUCUGGAUGUGGAUCAGAUAAUGGCCUUCGGUACCGAUAUAACUACAGACAGUGAGCAGUGCAACAUGGGCAAUGUCGGCGAUAUUGGACAGAACGUCGAAGAUAUUUUGCAAGUUAUUAAAUCUAUCGAAGGGGUGGAAAAUGCAGAAAAUAUAUCUGCAGGUAAUAGUGAACCGGUGCAAGGCACUGUGGAUGGAGUGGAGAUGUUUUCUAUGCCCGAGGAAGGAUUUGCUUCCUUUGAUCGGGAUUUACUUAACGAUGUUGAUGUUAUGAGUAUCUGCAACAAUAUGAAUAUUGCUGACACAGUGGACCAACAAAAAACCAACAACUUAAAGUUGCAACAAGAUACUGUUGCGCAGAAACAGUUUGAGAAUGAAAGGAGAUGUGCAUUUCUACUAAGAAGACUGAGGAAGCUUCAAGCAAGAUUAAUAGGGAGGCAUGUCGCAGAAGAAAAUACAGGAGUUCUCGAACUUGCCCAUCACGGAGUGAAGAAAUAUCUUUUUCAAGAAUUGGUUAAUAUCAGUUCUAAGUCUAACGUUAGAAACUUUCCUGAGAUUAGUAGUAGUUUGAAUUCGUUUUUGCAAAAAAUUGAAAAGAUGUGUGUUGCUCAGAGCAAUAGUGUGAAUCGUCAGCGAUUAUGUUGCCGAUAUUUUGGUGGUGGAUCACGUGACAGUUUGGGUAGUACUUCUGGCAAUAAUGGCAAUCGUCAGCCAGUGUUCGGUACCCCUCAAGUUAAAGUUAAAGGUGACGAAGUAGAGAGUGUGGCCGGACCUCUAGCUACGCAACUGCAUAUCGUGGAAUCUAAUCUUGACUCUGAUUGUACUGCGUCUAGUAGUGGUGGAGAAAGUUGUGAUGAAAUGCAGACAUUUAAUAAUCCUCAUCAGCAACAUUUAUCAAUAUCAAAAAGAGCAGCAUGGAGGUAUGCUCAGGAUCGUGCAGGUGUAGCAGCAAGAUGGACAUGGUUACAAGCACAAAUAUCAGACUUGGAAUAUAGAAUUAGACAGCAUAAUGAAUGGCAACAGCGUAUUAGGAAAAACAAGGGAUUAGUGAUACUUGAUAAUUCAGAAACAGUAAAUGGGUAUAGUGGCGUUUUACCAGGUUCUACAGGACGUUAUAAUUCACCGGAAGGUGAAUUACCAGCUAGUAGAACACGGCCAUUUGCGUGGAGUUAUUAUAGAAAGCGAAAACUGUUACAAGUAGACAGGUUACACGAAGUUUCGAAACGUGCAGCAAAAGCAUCAACGGUAAGAUGCAAUUGUGAUAACACAUUACCCCCGUGCGCUUUAUGCACUGGAAGAUUGGACCCAAUGCAACCGCAAGAACCAAUCGAACAGAUGUCUGUACAAGAACGAGUUGCACUUGUCGAUCCUAGUUAUCAUCCUGUUUUAUCAUUUCCUGAUGAAAUUGUACAAGGGACUCACCUUGAAUCUAUCAUGAAGUCAGUGGAGUGGCAGCAAAAAAUGUUGAGAGGAAAUUUACGAAUUACACGGCUGAAGGAUAAAGACAGUAAUGAGAGAAGGAAUAAAAAACUUCCAGGGCAUAGAGCAAAAUAUGCAGCUCGGUUAAAAAAGUCGUCUUCGACUAUUCUUACAGCGAGAAUUAAGAGAAAAAUGUUGAAGGGAAAACGAAACAGGCUUGGUCAUGAUAGAAGCGUACACGGUAUAAGCAGAAAGAGGGUGCAAAAAUUGCCAACUGAAGAUGAUGACGAUAUUAGUGCACUUUCCAGCUCUAGUAAACAUUCGUCUCCAGUGCCUUCUCCAUUGCAUCAUACUGCUGUUUCGUCAGAGAAAAAUACUGUUAAGGAAAAAAGUUCCACUUCCCAUGGACGCCUCAGGCAAAAUUCAUACGAUAUCGAUAAUAUUGUUAUACCAUAUAGUGUAGCCGCUUCAACUAGGCUUGAAAAAUUACAAUACAAAGAAAUAUUAACACCAAAGUGGAGGUUGUGCGAUGAACCAUUAAAAGUGGAUAUUAAAAAUGGUGUUAUGCACAGGCCUAGUCAAGACAGUGAUUUCGAAGAUAUGUCGGAUGAAACUAUUGCUUUGAGGCACGAACGGAGUGAGCGAGAGGAAAACAAGCGUUUUAUGACGUACGUGAACAUGCCACAUCAGUCACGUAUUCGUCAUAACCGCAGAACGGAUAGUCGUGCGGAUAGUGGUGCAAAUACACCAGAUCCUAUGUCUCCGCAUGCCAGUGAUUUUGGUGGAGAUAUUAUGUCGCCAAUUACCUCACCUCCUGCGACUCCUUCGCACAUUCAAGACUCGGACCACCAACCAAAUUUGGACACACAUCGAUCACAUACAUCUGCUUUACAAAAUGCUUUGCGACGUCGUACCACACCUACGUUAAGAAUAGGGAAGGACGACACUAGUACUUCGGUAAAUGAAGAUGAAAAUGAGAUUUUGCCAUACGAACCAAGAGUAUUUCCAUUGUCUGAAGAAGUUUAUGACAAAAUGCUGGAAGUGAUGCCAGAUGGGCAUUGGCAAGCUUCGUCAGCGUCUCUUUGUUCCCGCGAAGAAGAAAAAGCAGAUGAUGAUGGGGAAGUGGAUUCUCCAGAGUCAGACUCGACGGAAUCGGUUUGUUGUGACAUAGAAGGCGAGGAUCCCAAUGAUCCUGAAUGGACAGUAGCUGACGAUAGGGAUACUGAAAAGGAACGAAUACGUCCGACGGCUAAGAGAUAGGAUAAAACCUUUAAUAAGUACAGUAUGUCUACAUCGUCGUUACUAUAUGCAGAAGCUACCUGUCAAUUGUUAUAUAUACCUGUCGGUCAUGUAACAUGCACCUUAAGUUAAUGGUAUUACGAAUCUGUAAAGUGUAUUAUAAAUAUAAAUUUUAUAACUUCA